GACCCCUCAAGUAUUCAGAGCCACGGGACUCCCGAACCGGCAGGCGCAAUUGAAAUGCUCUCCUGCAUCUGCAUUUGCAUCUGCAUAUCCUACAUGGAAUGAAGACACCACACCGGAAGGACCUGGAUGGCGACUCCAGAGCGCAGUGCACCCCACCGCCAUGCUGCCAACCGGCUCCUCAACCAAGGGCUAUCAUUGGGUGCAGCGUAGCAUGCCCACAUGGGCAUGGGAGCGAAUACGUGUGUAAACCAGGCACCGCGGUGACCGGAGCGAAGACAAUGGCUUGGCAGGUGUAUGUAUGUAUGUGGUGGUAAGUGAGUGUGUAAGUAUGCAGGUAAUUGUGUCUGUCUGCCCAUGGAGCGGCGCACGUAUGCACGCAAUACUUGUUACUCAUCUACAAAGUGUCGAGAUGCUGAUGGGGUCCAGAAGGGCACCGCAGGCCGGCCGUCAUGUGGCGCUGAUUGUGUGGUGCAGAUGCGGCAUGGCCCAACAGGCAGAGGCUCCACAGCAGCGAAUGGCAGGACGGGGCGGUGGCUCGCGCGAUAAUGGCAGCACAGACGCCAGGCGUGCGACCGAUGGCGAUGACGCCAAGCGCUGGUCUCGCGUUCCGAGGGGGUGUCAGGCUCGUCAGGCUGGCCAGGCUGACCGCGACUGUGUUGCGACGGGCAGAGGACGACAACCAUGGCUGCUGGACGAGCACAGAGGAUGCAGAUGGCGCAAACGCCUGUUGGCAGGCGGCCAUGUCGGCGCUGAGCGCACCACGUCCAGACACAGCAGCGAUCGGCUGGGCGCGCCUGAGACCGCUCUUCUGCCCUCGCCCUCUCCAGACAAGCGCUCGGUUCCCCGUGUCCUUGAUCCGCCCGAGCCGGCAUGGACCAAGCGCGACCAUGGCAAAGUGUGUCUCCCCUCUGCGAUUAGUAUCAAUAUGCGCCUGGCGAUCGGCGUUGUCCACUCCAGGCCUAGCCAGCCUGACGUGAAUCCAUGCUCGAAUCACCCAGGCGGGGAUGCACUCUAG